AUGGAUUUUUCAUUCUCAUUUCAAGCCGUUUUCCAUACCGAUAACGCGCCACUGUGCAAGAGCCUAACUCAAAAGUGUACGAACGAGAUAAUUAACACAAUGCGAGAUUGCAAUGAUCCUGACAUCGAGCCGACAGAAAUGAGUAACAUUUUACUUCAAAAGAAAGAACUAGUAGAGAACUUAAAGACGUUGAUUGACUAUAUGAAAGAGGAAGUCAAUGUCAUUGGUGACGAAGAAGACCAAAAACCAUCGAAGGAGAUCUACGACGAGAGUUUGAAAAUAGUCGCGACACUCGAAGACCUUCAACAGAAAGACAAAUUGGACGCCGACGGGAUUAAAUUGUUUUGCACGGCAAUGGUCGAUAUCAUUAAACAUGUCUUAGACAUCGUCAUCUUAACAGAUAAGUGGUGUGUCCGAAUCGCAAUUAACUACGUUGAUAGAAUAUAUGCACAGGUCUUGGCUUCGGUCAAGGCGUAUAAAGAGAUCGGAACGUUAGAUAAACUCGACGUCGCGAAGUUAAUUAAUAACAUCGGCACUUUAACUAACGCUUUGUCGGUAUUCACAGAAACGAGAGCUUCUGUAUAUGACGACGAAGAGAAACAAAAACGGAUGGAGGAGUGUUCAAAACAACUCAAACCCUGUUUCGACAACUUCAUUCGAUUCAUCUCGGGAUAUUCAGACGACAAAAACUCGUUGUUGUCAUUCAAAACUUUUUACUCGAGACAAAGAAAUCCUCCAAGACCCCGUACAAUUCGCUACUUCUAUCGACGUCAACAGAAAGACGACUUGGACUCGAUCUACGACAAUUUCCAAAAAUAG